AUGCACUGCUCAUCAGAUGUUGACAGGGAAGAUGCCAAGUUCGUCUGCCACAAGCUAGGCAUAGAGUUCUGUGAAUUAAACUUCGUGAAGGAGUACUGGCAGAGGGUUUUCAUGUACGAUGUCUCAAACGCUCAUAAGGUGUCACUAGGCCUUUAGUUGAUGCGUAUACCCGUGGACUUACGCCGAAUCCCGACAUUUUAUGCAAUCGCCUUGUCAAGUUUCAAAUGCUUGCAAAAACAACGCUCAAACCGGAGAUACGUUCCGCAUUUUCAAGUGACUCUCCGGGCGUAACUUCUGUUGAUGCGGACGCGUUUGCAACCGGUCAUUACGCACAGAACUCUUUCGGUAACUUCCUUGAAAGGAGACUAUCUCAGCCCGAAUCAGAGAUGCCACUUCUUCUGAGGUCCGCUGAUCCAGUAAAAGACCAGACGUUUUGGCUUUGCACAGUAAGUGUAUUUGUAUUAGCUUUUUACAUUGUCUUUGGCUACGAAAUUGUCGUGCUGCUGUCUUUCAGUCUGAGUUCGAAUAUACAGUAGGCCCCAGUUACUCCGGUCUGCGUUUACUCUGACUAAGUGUUGAUGAACAGGAACAAGUUUUGUUUACAUACUACUGUGUUUCGUUUAUUAUUAUUAUUAUUAUUAUUAUUAUUAUUAUUAUUAUUAGUUUCUGUUCAUUAGAUUGCUUAUUGUCCAAGGUUCAAAUUGAAGAACACAAGGUUAAGAAGGGGUCUACGUUCCACGCAAAAGGUGGGACGUUCUAUUGACUGAACCUCAAGUAAAUUGGCAUAUCUAGGUUGUGUGCGAUUUCGAGUCACGCCGAUCGGUCAUUCUUUGAGAUUGCGAACGAAGGACACGCCUGGUGGCGCUAUUGAUAUGGCAGACAAAACAGGAACGGAUUAUGUGGAAGUGAGCAUGGGGUACUUUGGGAGGGGACUGAGAGCAGCAGCUUUGGCGCAGGUCGGCUCCGAUAUAUGCCUAUGGACUUCGGACACCACGCCCAGCCAUUAACUAAAAUCCACUAUAUUUACGCUUAUGUAGUUCCUGUAAGUUGUGAGCAUCAGUGCCAACACUAGUUUUCCGUCUUAGGACCAAUCCUCGAGUAAGACAAAACAGCAUUAGUCUACAAACCGCAAGAAGCUUUUACCAAACCACGCUUCAUGGAGGAAUUAUGGUUUCAUGAGCUUUCGAAGUAUCUCGAUGGCAAACACUGCAUUCUUACGAGGAUACUUGAGAACUUAGCGUGGGAAGCACAAACCUUUAUCGGUCCUCCGUCCCGCGACACAGGUAUUACGCAUGAGAGCAGAAAUCAAAAAUUCCAACUUUUGACACCCAUAUGUUUUAACAUCAAAAUCAGUACUUUCGCGCAGAUUUAUAUGUGCCCCUGUAAUUCUGAUAAAAAGGUUUGAUUUUAGCUGCCGAUAUUUUUCAGUCCGAAGUCAUCUGUUGAGUAUUAACGCUAUCGUUAUUUUAUUCGGCUACUCGAGUGUAAAACUUUGCGUCUGCUUUUUUGAGUGGCUACCUCCUCCGUUUUUGCAAAUUAUGUGCACGAAAGUGUUCAAACACAGUGGUUGUGAACCUUUGCUGUAGUGGUCUAUUUAUAUUUUUCCGGAGCAAAUCCUAAUUUUGCAGCUGUGGACUAUGUUCUUAGCUGUAUUAUAAAGUCUGGAUUUCAUUUCAGCCGUCCGGUUCGACCGCACAUCUGCUCCUAGUGGGCCAAUGGGUUCUGUCACAUUUUUAUUGGAUGAAAAUGAAAGUGUUCGUCGCACAAUGA